AUGAUCGCCGCCCAGGCCAAGCUGGUUUACCAGCUCAAUAAAUACUACACCGAGCGCUGCCAGGCGCGCAAGGCAGCCAUCGCCAAGACCAUCCGAGAGGUCUGUAAGGUGGUCUCGGACGUGCUCAAGGAGGUGGAGGUGCAGGAGCCUCGCUUCAUCAGCUCCCUGAGCGAGAUCGAUGCCCGCUACGAGGGUCUGGAGGUCAUCUCGCCCACGGAAUUCGAGGUGGUGCUCUACCUAAACCAGAUGGGCGUCUUCAACUUCGUGGACGACGGCUCGCUGCCCGGCUGCGCGGUGCUCAAACUGAGCGAUGGGCGGAAGCGGAGCAUGUCUCUCUGGGUCGAGUUCAUCACGGCGUCCGGCUACCUCUCGGCACGCAAGAUCCGCUCCCGUUUCCAGACGCUGGUGGCUCAGGCGGUGGACAAGUGCAGCUACCGGGAUGUGGUCAAGAUGAUCGCGGACACCAGCGAGGUCAAGCUGCGCAUCAGGGAGCGCUACGUGGUGCAAAUCACUCCCGCGUUCAAGUGCACCGGCAUCUGGCCCCGCAGCGCGGCACAGUGGCCGAUGCCCCACAUCCCCUGGCCUGGCCCCAAUCGGGUGGCGGAGGUCAAGGCCGAAGGGUUCAACUUGCUCUCUAAGGAGUGCUACUCGCUGACCGGCAAGCAGAGCUCCGCCGAGAGCGACGCCUGGGUGCUCCAGUUUGGGGAGGCUGAAAACCGUCUGCUGAUGGGCGGCUGCCGAAACAAGUGUCUCUCGGUGCUGAAGACGCUGCGGGACCGCCACCUGGAGCUGCCCGGCCAGCCGCUCAACAACUACCACAUGAAGACGCUGCUGCUGUACGAGUGCGAGAAGCAUCCGCGGGAAACGGACUGGGACGAGGCGUGCCUCGGAGACCGGCUCAACGGCAUCCUGCUGCAGCUCAUCUCCUGCCUGCAGUGCCGCCGCUGCCCCCACUACUUUCUGCCCAACCUCGACCUUUUCCAGGGCAAGCCCCACUCGGCCCUGGAGAGCGCUGCCAAGCAGACCUGGAGGUUGGCCAGGGAGAUUCUCACCAAUCCCAAAAGCCUGGACAAACUAUAG